AGGAGUAGUGUGAAAUCGUUUCCCCAACUCCAUCUCAUCUCCAUUUCUUCCAUCGCUUCUGCGGCACAUUCUCUCUCGCAGUCCCGCUCCCGAUCAUGAAUCACAGAGUUCUAAUUUUCGGCCAGAGAUACAGACAGAUUUGUUUCUCUGUUUACAAUGAUGAUUAAAGGGGGAAGAAUAUGCAGAGAAACAGACCCAGGUGUGAGAGCACUGCAAUGGUUUACACCAUCCUCACUCUCCGGCCCGGCCGCGGACUAUGCCCCUUCUCUCUCGGUAUGCCAAUCUCUGAAGCUUUUACUCAGAUACAACAGCAGCCCAACAUCUACGAUGUUGUUCAUGUCAAGUCCUAUGAUGAGGAACCACUGAAAUUUGACAUUGUUAUUAGCUUCCCUGACCAUGGGUUUCAUCUAAGGUUUGAUCCUUGGUCUCAGUUAAACAUGCGCCUGCGUCUUAUUGAAAUCUUUGAUGUCAAGCGGCUUCAAGUGCGGUAUGCCACUUCAUUGAUUGGGGGAGCAUCUAUGCUAGCUACUUUUGUGGCCGUAUAUGCUCUUUUUGGGCCAACAUAUCCUGGAAUUUAUGAUAAAGACCUGGGCGUGUACACUCUAUUUUACCCUGGAUUAUCCUUUGUGUUUCCGGUGCCCUCACAGUAUGGACAGUUCUGUCAUGACCGUGAAGCUGAGGUUCCGCUGGAAUUUCCCGACGGAACAACCCCAGUUGCUUGUCGUAUCUCUGGUUAUGAUUCGUCCACAGGCCGUAAGGUUGGUGUAGGAUCUUCAAUGAUGAAGGCAUGCGUUCCUCCAUUAGCAGCUGGCAGCCUCUACAUGGAAGAAGUUGCAGUGAAGUUAGGGGAAGAAUUGUGGUUUACAGUUGGUGGUCAGCAUAUAUCUUUUGGUGCAUCACCUCAGGAUGUCUGGUCUGAAUUGGGUGGGCCCUGCGAGAUUCACCGGAAACAGGUGGACCAAAUGGCAAUCCAUUCUGCCCCUGAUCCGAAACCAAGAACCACCCUCUGUGGUUAUUACUUCUACAAUUACUUUACACGUGGCUUGGACAUUUUAUUCGAUGGACAGACUCAUGAAAUUAAAAAGUUUGUUCUGCAUACCAACUAUUCUGGGCACUCCGAUUUCAAUUCAUACACAAAGUGCAACUUCGUGAUACAUAAUUCUGAAUAUGAUGGGUCAUUUCAUCAGGAUGUGAAUAACCCCUCUAAAUGUGUCAUUACGCCUAGCACAAAGUGGGAGCAAGUUAAGAAAAUCCUGGGUGACAGCGGACGUGCUGCCAUCCAAACACAAGGGUCCACCAGCAACCUUUUAGGAUCUACAUUUGUAUAUGGAUACCCAAAUGUUGCCUUCGAGGUCAUGAAAAAUGGUUACAUUGCAACUGUAACUCUCUUCCAGUCUUAGUUCCGCCAAGCAGGUGUACAUCGUGAACAUGGUGCUGUACAGUAGAAUGGUGAUCGGGCAUGCCUUACUUUCUCUUGUACAUGAUUUCCAGUGCUUGAACAUAUAUUCAACUUGUAUAUUUAUGUUAGCAGGUGUAAACAUAGUUGCCUUUCUGCGAAAGAUGGUAUUAAUUGCUUAUUUCGUCUUUCAUUUUUCAAAGAGUGAGAUUGUAGACGGAUCAAGAAUGAAUCUAGCACUCCAUCCGUCCCACAAUGUAACUUGUUUGUAAAUAAUAUAAUCACUAGAAUAUAAAAGGCAACUCAGAUAAAAAAUUACAGUAACUUAUUUCUCAUUAAUAAAAGGAAAUAAGGUUUUAGAAAACAACGUAGCCCAAAACAUGUUUUUUCAGUAUAUAACCUUAACACAUGUUGGUGUCAUGUCGAUCUCGUGUUUGAAGGAGGAUUGUUGUGAGCAUUCCCAACUGUCCGUCUGCACUAGUCAUGAAGGCGGCUGCAAGCGGCCUUGCUCAAUAUGCUGCUAUCUCGCAAGUACGGUAAACUAUGUUAUAUUUUUCUCGUAAUUUAACUAAGCCGUUAUUUGUGGUUUAUUUCUUGAUAUUUUAAGACAACGGUUUGGGCCCCAUUUUUGAGCCAGAGAUCUUGCUUGAUGAUGGUGAAUAUGCAAUCGAGAGAAUGUUCAAGGAUGCUCAACAUGUGUGGGAAGAGGUUUAAUUCUACAUAGCCCUAAACCAAUGUCUUAUUUGAAGGAAUUCUGUUGAAACCUAGUAAAAUGGUUUGUGUAUAAAAGGCAAGUCUUGUAACGUAGUAUCAUCAACUCUUAUGUUUCUUAA